GUAUUUUCAUUGAUUGCAUACCAGAGUUUUGUGUAUCAAAUAUACAACAACGUGAAAAUUAUAUUUUAUAUUGAUGACCAUGAAAGUUUUACUAUUGUUAGCAAUUUUUGUACCAUUUGUGGUAGGCCACGAUGUGAAGAUUACAGAACUACUCUCUCAAGAAAUCUUGAGAGAUGUUGAUGUUGAAUUAUUACUAAAGGAAAUGGAGACAAUUUAUUUAUUUGAAAAAAAGAGUUCUGGAAAUAUAACGGCAGUGUUGAAUGAGUUCAUAGACAAAGUUUUGGAAAAUGCUGGAAAUUACCUCAUAGAUCAUGGAUAUGAUCCAUGCCAUAUACCAGACACAGUUUUACAUCUUCCAAUAACAGGGACCGUCUCGUUAAAGAAAGGAUGGUUACGAGAUUUGGCCAUGAUUAAAAGAUACAAAGAUACUGAUGUAGUUUACAGUUCCGAAGAAAGAAAACUUAAAAUGAUAUUUUCACUUCAAUUUGAAGAGUUGCAGUUUGUUUACCACUACAUUACACACUAUCUUCUGUUUAAUAUAGAGGGCGAGGUAGAAGGAACAAUUGAGGACGUGAUAGCACAAGCAGCAUUAAGUUUUGAUUUUAACACUUAUAAUGCAACUCUUGACAAUUUUGAUAUUAUGAAUACAGGAUCUAUCGACAUUCACUUUACUGGACAUGAAUGGAUUGAUUGGUUAACCAAUGCCAUGACAGCAGUAGUAACUACGUUUUUACAUCCACUUAUUUUAUCAAUAAUUCAAAAUAUUUUCAAAGGUACUUUGUGUGGUAUUGUCGAUGCUGUAAAUGAAAUCAUUCACAAAAUAUUACAUGUUUAAGCUUAA